ACAAUAAAUUGAAAAACACAAAGUGAACCUGUUCUUCAUCAAUAGAUUUUUAUUUUUUCUACUUCCUCCAAAAAAAAAAAGAAAAAAAAAAUGAACUUUUUGGUUUCAUUGGUUAUGUAUUCUCUUCUCUUGAACGAUUUCACAUCUGCACAAACUCUCAUUCAAGAUUCUUGCAAGAAAGCUGCUGCUAUAAACCUGCAGCUCAAAUACGAUUUCUGCGUCAAUUCUCUUACACAAGAUCCAGAAAGCAAAACUGCGACUACUCUCGAAGGUCUGGUUUUUGCGUCGACGAAGAAUGCUGCGGCAAAAAUUAUGGACGUGAAAAGAUUCGUUGAACAGAUUCUCAAGGCCAAGAAGUAUGGGCCAGGUAUGGAGGCAGCGUUGAGCACAUGUGUCGAGCUUUAUGAUGAGGCUAAUGGUUCUCUGAACACUGCUUUCUCAAGUGUUCAAUCGCAUGAUUAUAAUACCGCUAACGUAUAUAUAAGUGCUGCUUUGGAUGCACCAGACAAUUGCGAAGAUGGAUUCAAGGAAGGAAAGCUAGAGAAGUCGCCUGUUACUAACAAGAACAAUAUUUUGCUUCAAACGAUUUUGAUUCCUUUGGCUUUUACUAAUAUGCUAUGAUGAAUUUGGCAAAGGGUUUCACUAAUUAAAAACAUCGAUAUGUAGAGUUAAGAGUUAUCUUAAUGGAAAUAAAAUUUCGCUUUGCAGA